AUGCAUCAGAACCCCGUCUACAUAAAGAUCAGGAAAUUGCUUAAAUAUCAGACUACCGUAUAUAUCACAAACUAUGCCUGCCGCACACAGUGGGACUACGGCUACCGUCGGCUAAGGUUAAUCAUCUGGUUCGCAGCACAGAUCGAGAAGCCCGGUCCCGAGCCGCAGUUAGGCAAUUGUGGGAUCGGUGCUCGUGGCUCCAAGGAGCGGCCGCGGCGAAAGAGGAGUCCGGAGCGGGCAGCCAACGCGCUCGGCUUCGGCGGGCGAAGGGGUAGCAGGGCUAGCGGAGCCGGAGCGCCCGCACGCGGGCAGGGAGAGCGGCAGGGAGCCCCCACUCCAGCUCGGAACCUAGCUAGGGGAGGGAGCUCGAGACGCGCACAGAGGGGGCUCCGCUUCGUACCCAAGCAGGAAGUGAGUACAAGGAAGAAGCCAGCGAAGACACCAGGAGGAGGAGGAGGAGGAGUUGGGGUGUUUUUAUCAGACCGACCCGGGAAAGCCGGAGUUCCCAUCCUUCCCCUUCCCAGUCUUCCUUCCACUUUUUUUUCGCCUCGCUUUCCCCACGCUUCCCCAUUUCCCAGCGGGCUCCCCAGCCCCAAGCUGGUACUGGUGCGCCCCCACCCCGCUUCCAUGGCUUCUGCCGAGGACCCUCUGCUUACAGAUCAUGCUACAAGAGAACCAGUAGAAGAUACUGAUCCUAGCACUUUAUCUUUUAAAAUGUCAGAAAAAUAUCCUGUUCAAGAUACAGGUCUCCCUAAAGCAGAGGAAUAUAAUUCAAUUACACUGAAAGUUCCACCAAGUUCUGACAUAAUACAUCAGCGAGAAGAAAAUGGCUAUCCAGACAGCACUGGGGAUCCACUUUCAGAUAUAAAGAACAACUCUUGCCAAGAAAAUUGCACAUGUUCCUUAUGCUCGCUUCAGGCCCCCAACAUCAGUGACUUGCUCAAUGACGAGGACUUGCUAGAUGUGAUCAGAAUAAAGCUGGAUCCUUGUCACCCGACAGUUAAAAACUGGAGAAAUUUUGCAAGCAAAUGGGGAAUGCACUAUGAUGAAUUGUGUUUUCUGGAACAGAAACAACAGAGUCCUACCUUGGAGUUCCUGCUCCGGAAUAGUCACAAAACUGUGGAUCAGCUGAUUGAGCUCUGUAGGCUCUAUCAUAGAGUUGAUGUGGAAAAAGUCUUGCGGAGGUGGGUGGAAGAGGAAUGGCCAAAGAGGAGGCAUGGAGACUACCAUAAUCACUUUUAAAAGCUUUCUUCCUUUAUUCCAUUGGUUCUUUGGACAUUAAAAACUACUAUAGCUUGGGAUGGAGGGGAGGAGAGGAC